AUGGGCAACCGAAUAUCCGAUAGAGGAGGUGAAGCACUAGCAGAAGCAUUGAAAGUAAACAACACUCUCACUAAACUUGUUCUUAAUAACAACCAAAUAUCCAAUAGAGGAGGUGAAGCACUAGCAGAAGCACUGAAAGUAAACAACACUCUCACUCAACUUGAUCUUAGACACAACCGAAUAUCCGAGAGAGGAGGUGAAGCGCUAGGAGAAGCGCUGAAAGUAAACAACACUCUCACUCAACUUGAUCUUAUGGGCAACCGAAUAUCCAAUAGAGGAGGUGAAGCACUAGCAGAAGCAUUGAAAGUAAACAACACUCUCACUAAACUUAAUCUUGCGUGGAACCAAAUAUCCAAUAGAGGAGGUGAAGCACUAGCAGAAGCACUGAAAGUAAAAAACACUCUCACUCAACUUGAUCUUAGACACAACCGAAUAUCUGAGAGAGGAGGUGAAGCACUAGCAAAAGCACUGAAAGUAAACAACACUCUCACUAAGCUUGAUCUUAGAUGCAACGGAAUAUCCGAGAGAGGAGGUGAAGCGCUAGGAGAAGCGCUGAAAGUAAACAACACUCUCACUAAACUUGAUCUUAGACACAACCGAAUAUCCGAUAGAGGAGGUGAAGCACUAGCAGAAGCACUAAAAGUAAACAACACUCUCACUCAACUUGAUCUUAUGGACAACCGAAUAUCCGAUAGAGGAGGUGAAGCACUAGCAGAAGCACUGAAAGUAAACAACACUCUCACUAAACUUAAUCUUACGUGGAACCAAAUAUCCAAUAGAGGAGGUGAAGCACUAGCAGAAGCACUUAAAGUAAACAACACUCUCACUCUACUUAAUCUUGCGAGCAACCGAAUAUCCAAUAGAGGAGGUGAAGCACUAGCAAAAGCACUGAAAGUAAACAACACUCUCACUGAAGUUGAUCUUACUUAA